AACCCUGGCUGGGAUAAACAGGCUUUGGUGUCACCCCAACAAUUAUCUAACCAAAAGUACAGUAAUUUUAACAUUCAUAAUAAAGACUAUCCUGUCCUAUCUCUGCCUUCGAACUACUGCUAUAUCGAUCCUGGCAAAAGUCGAUGUUGGAUACGGCCAAUUUUUUCAAUAAGCUGCAUUUGAGUCGUACGAUCAUCUCGCGUGUUCCGGUCACGAAGUCUUGUUUUCAUCAUACGACAGUAGACUACUGUACCAGCUGAACCCAACAGACGAUGGAGGAGAGGGAGGCUGCGACUGUCGAAAUGUAUCGUGCUCCGUUUCCAUACGUUACAUCCUACUUGCUAUGGUGACCUUGUUAUGAGUAUUUUGGCAAUAACUGUUACUGACGCAGCGAGAUGGUGCAGCAGUAAUGAAAACCUAUUUAUCCUGUUGUAGCCUCCCAGGACCGUUAUGCGAUGCAUCGCUGAUUUUUUUCUGUGUACAGGCUAUCAUCUUUCGUUCUUGAUACAACGUUAUCGCCUGCAAAUUAUGUUGAAUUGAUCUCAAUUAUUGAAAGAAUAUCCUAAAUGAUUUUGGAACAUUCCUGGAAAACAAUCAUGUAUGGAUCGAAGAACUUGUUUAUAGAUCUUAUGAAUUUCAUAUCGUAAUUCUUUGGGACUCCGUUCGACAUUAUAUAAAAUAGCACGGACAGGUGUGUCAUCAUGGAACCUACAGGCUCCACCUUGGACAUGCAGAUGGAGAGUGUUGAGAGGAGUACAGUGUUUCUCAGACAAGAACAUCUCACCCUACUGCAUGGCCUACACCUGGAGAUCCUGUCCUUGCAGAAACGAUGUAGCGAGUUGACAUGUGAGCUGAAUGUGAAGCCUCCAGGCAAGAGUGAACUGGACCUGGCGGAGGAGGAGGAGCAGCUGGAGGCCCGCUGUCUGGAAGUCGAAGAUCGCCGGGCCGAGCAGCAGUGCACGCUGGGAGAGCUGUGUAAGGAGCUGACUCACAAGGGGGCGCUGGUUGGUGUGCUGCGGGCUAACCUCAAGGACAAGGAGCGCCACUUCCUGGACGAGCUGAAGCGCCGCAGCCAACGCUCCACGGUGCUCAACACAGAGCUACAGAGGCAGACCGAGGCGGCAGCCUACCUCUCGUUCCAGCUGCACGCUGCCCGACAGAAACUGCAACACCAGCGGCUGCAGCAGAGAAAGCAGGCCCUCAGGGAGAACUGGGAGAAUAGGGAUCGUCAUCAUGGGAAUCCUCCUGGGCCCCAGUACAGCCAAGCAGCCGAGUGGGACACCGCCAUCUUUUCUCCCUUUUCUCCCCAGUCGCCCUCCGGUUUCUCCAAUGCCUCCAACACCAGCUCUGCCAUAGCCUCCCCUGUGAUCAAGCCUAAACGCAGGGGCAGCAGGACCAUGUCAGGGCACCAGCUCCGGGCGGAGAGGGCCAGGGAGUGUGUCCCCCAGGAGAGGGUGACGUGCCCUGCAGAGCCCACCGCCAUGCCUGACCCAGCGCUGUUCUUCCACCCUCACCGCAGGCACCACAGGUCCAGGGCCAGGCAUUCCUACUCCCUGGCCCACAGACAGAAUCCUCUGGUGGGGGAAAGAGGGGAGGAGGAGGGGGGUGGAGAGGGGCCCAUGGAGCCCCAGGACGGAGCUCCUCCCAGACUGGCAGCCACAGCCACAGCAUCACCUGCUGGCUGCUCAAACCAAGGCUGAAUAACUAGCCCCACUGUGACCAUCCCUAGAAAUGCAUCAUCAUCAUCACUAUCAUCAUAAUUAUUGUCAUCAUCAUCAUCAUCGCUAUCCUCAUAAUCACUAUGACUAUCUGAUUUUAUUAAUACUGUAAAUCGCCCAUUGUCCUGCACCUUUAUCAAAUUGAUACUGAGAUUAAUUUAGCAUUGUUGAUUAUAAUCCUAUUAACUCUAAUUACUGGUAUUUAGAUGUAUUGCUAUGAUGAACACUUUUUAUAAUUAUACAUUUUGACAUGACCUGAAUUAACCCAAACUUCCAGGUGUACGAACACCCAAUGAGGUUGUUGUUACUAAUCACUUCACGUCAAUGUGUAGAAUCAUGUAGUUGAAUGCAUUUACACUGGCGUUGCUCUAUAUAACGUUAUUAUGGGGCCUUAUCUGAGUGUGGCCUCUUGUGUGGAGGUUAGUUUAACCUAUGGCCUGUUGCCAUAGACCACAGCACCUACUGUGCAAUUACCUUACCCUUCUGUGUCGUUUUAGGGCCAACCAUAAAUCAACCCUGGGUUGCCCUUGUAGAAAACAUUUUCUGACCUCUGUUACGCUGAGUCACAGUUGGGUAGCGUCUGAGCAUCUGUGUAUGUCCUUGCUGUGAAUACUAUUACAUUUCAGAUCUGCAUCAGUGGCCUUCACUUGAAAAGUUCCCACAUGGCCAAGAGGUGUAGUCAUACCGUCAUAUCCCACUGAAUCUUUCUUUAUUCCAUUGGUCAUACAAUAGGUAGGCCUACAGCACACCCUAUGUGUUAUACAAUAAUUGAAAGUAACAUUAGUCCACUGGCCUCACACACAGAUCUUAGUGGGUUUCAAUUAUAUUGUGUCUCUGAGCUUUAAAAAAAACUACAAAUAUUACCAAACACUGAUGAAGCUAUUGGAUGAGUUAAACUGGAGUUCCUGGCAUCCUGCAUAAAUAGGGGGUGGUAUAGGUAACCUUCUAAUCUAGCAGAUGCUUUGCAAUAACAGAACCCUUUUGGGUAAUAAUGCAUUGGGACCAGUUUGGCCAGAUGCUUCUCUCAGGUUUAGUGAGGUGUGUGUAAUACUGUACACAGAGAAUAGUAUUUCUCUGUUUAUUUACAUCUGUGGUUUGCUGGCGGUGUUUCACCUUAGGGCUGUGGCUUAUUUUAUCUCACUAUUACUAGUCAAGAAAAAAGGGGUUAUUAGGGCCUUCUGGUAGAUUUGUCUCUUGUCUCAGAUAGCUGAGAAGAGAAAAUUCUCAUUUUCUUAAACAAAGUGGUCAUUUUGGUUAUCUACAUGGUAGAUUCCAAGCUGUGUAGACAGCAGCUGUUGAAAGCCAUUAGUUGACGCUAUGAAACCAGCCAAUGACAUUGAUUUGCACUUGGCUGACCCUAGUGGUGUAGUGAGAGAAUAGCACCCAACCAGAUGAAGAUGUGUGGUGUCACUUGAUCUGAACAUUUAACCUAGUCUCUUUUCCUUUUUAUUGUCUAUUAGUUGAUGAAAUUGGUGGAUUUUACAUUCAACAUCAGAUAUUCUUACAUUUUGAAACUGUAUAUCUUGGUAGGUAAUAUAUCUUAACCCUUAUAUGAAUGUACAUAUAUAGUCUGAUAAUAACUCAAUAUAACACAGACGUAAUCUUUUUAGUAGACACUCUUAGCCAGAGCGAGUACAUACUUUUUCAUACUGGUCCCCCGUGGGAAUCGAACCCACAACCCUGGUGUUACCAGCGCCAUGCUCUACCAACUGAGCCACACGGGAAAUGUUGUCAAUGAGUUAUUUAAUACAAAAUAUUUCUUAUUAAUCAAUAUAAAAUGGAAUACUGUAAAAGGUAUUAGAAGGAUAUGUUUUAUUAUGAUUGUUUAACUUAAUAUUUUUUAUGACUUAUUUUACUGAUUGUUUAAUAUAUUAUGUUAAUUAUAUCACAGAAUGUUAUAAAACUAUUGUUAUUUUCUGUAUUUAUCUGUCUAUGAGGCAUUUGGAGGAGGUAUUGUCAUGGAAUGCCUUGAAGAAGAGAAGAUGGGUUGAAUUCAGUGCAGACAUUUAACAUUGUGUUUUUUACAAUGUAAGAAGAGCUGCCUCAUUACUGAAAAGCAAUCAACUUAAACUGUUGCUGGCAACAAUUGCUGUCAAGCCUCCCAAAAAAUGUCCGUGUCCCAUAGGCACAACUUUCUUUUUCUGUGUAGAAAAAUGCCCAGAUUCAUGGUCAAGGCCUCCAUAAUGGCCCUUAAACCUUAGCCUGCAAGCAAGCAAUUUAUCAUGACUGUGCACUAUUUCCUCAGCUUCUGAGAACACAUUCCCCAUUCAAUUUCGAAAUGACAGUAACAUGACAAUCCUCAUUGAAAAUGUUUAUAGAGUACAUGUUCUUCUUAGGGAACUAGAAGUUAGACUGUUAAGCUUUCAUUUAAAGCACAUGUCCUUGGAUGAUGUUCUUGUGAUAUACUGUACCUGUGCUUAUAGUGGUGUAGGUACAGAUGUGGUCUGUGGCUAGAGCCAGCUAUGUCCCAAAAAUAUCCUUACUUUCACACGGACACAUUCCACUCUACAACUAAGCAAUAAGAACAGAGAAAACUGACACUUCAAAUCUUACACAUUUUGGACAUUGAAAUGUGUAAGUGACACACUGAUAUGAUAUAUCACAGACAAAUAACAAAUAAAAACACUAUCCCUUUAUUCUUAAUCAAAUAGCUAAACAGCUUUGAUAUACUGUUGAAUCAGAUUGUGGUGAAAAGUGUCUUAUGACAACAAUGAUGAGCCAAAGAGGCCCAACACAGUUGUAUGAUGUUCUGCCAUAGAGUAGUCCUGCUGUGACUAUGCUGUGUAACGUUGCAGCAUGGCCAUGCACAAUUACAUAGAAAAAAAACUAAACGUACCUUGUCUGUCAUGAAUGUUGAAGAACAUUAUAUUUGAAUUUACUCUGCCAAUUGUCCGUGGGUCGAAAUUUUAGACAAAAUAUCCACAGGAAAGCAUUAUUAAACCAACUUCGAAACGCGGGUCUCUGUGUGUGGCAAUCAAUAUUUGUCUGCUCGUGACCUAAGGCAUGUGCACAAGACGGAAUUACACGUACAAGAUGCAUGCAUACAAAUGCAUGCAAAGUCGUGCCAGGUGAUAGAAAUUGCACUCUAAAAAGUUGGGUAAAUAAUACUUUCCUGUGGAUAUUCUGAAGGACCAACCUCACAGAUGACAGCUAGAGUAAGUUCAAAUGUAAUUGUAUUGAACAUUCUGGCUUGUAAGGAAACUUUUUUUCAGACUGUAUACCAAAUAAUUGGUAUCAGUCUGAUUUAUUAGGCAAGCCUUGUUCUCCUCUUUCUAAAUAACAGGGGAGGAUGAGUCUUAAAAGUAUUUUUUUGAUUCUUCAUAGAAAACUCAGAUCUUCCCCUUCUGCUCUCCUUGCUUCCUUCUGAUCCUUUGAGGAGGCAAGGAGAACAGACACAAGGAAUCAAGCAAUGACUUUUGAGAUCACCCUGGUAUCCUCACUUCUAUCUUCUAUCUGGUUUCCAAUUCCACAUUUACUAAAAUGUUUCUUGAUCCAUUUACUCACUAGCAUGAAGAAAAUGAGGAUGAGGGAGACAUUUGAAUGACUUUCUCCUACUGAGUAUGUCUUCCAUUUUGAGGGAGGAAAGUUUUUUUGUGUAAAAACUCUCGCCAUUGGCGCCCAGAGGUCAAUCCUGACAGAAGCCGGAGGUCACAGAGGUAAAUCCACAGCAUUAGUUCAUACUAGUGGAUUUCACCAUCACCGCAUCGCGAGACCAUGAGCCGGACUCAUGUCCACUACAUGGGCAUUUUAAUAAGUAUUUAUUUUUAAAUUGUUUGAUAUGUUAAGUCUUUUCAAGCAAUUAAAAAGCACCACUCUAUAUGUUCCCUCAGGCAUACAACAUAUGGUAUGCAGUGAGACACUCUGAGGGCGCCUCCUCUCAAGACCAUGAGGUGUGUUGUGUCAUACGGUCCCGUGCUGGGCAACCCCCACCCCCGUCUCUACCGCACUACUAUGUUAGCUUGCUGUAGAGCAUAGAGCUGUACACAUUAUUCAAAUAAAAUGUAGGAUUGACUAA